AUGUCGUUUUUAACUGCGAAAGAAGAUGCAACGGAAGCAAUUAAAGAUACUGAAGAGACGAAAAAAUUGAUAGCUGAUGAGGAAAAAGAGGUGCAAGAGGCUAAAGAUGCGCUGUAUUCUAGAUUGUCAACUAUUGGUAAUCUCGUGCAUGAUUCAGUGCCGUUUGACAAUAACGAGGAUAAUAAUGCUGUGAUUCGGGCGUGGGGGGAGAAGCGAGUGGAGAAGAAGUUGAGGAAUCAUGGUGACCUUGUUGAACUUCUGGGAAUUGCGGACUUGAAGAAAGGUGCUGAUGUAGCGGGAGGUAGAGGCUUCUACCUCAAAGUUGAUGGUGUCCGACUUAAUCAAGCAUUGAUCAACUUUGGCCUGGAAUUGUUGGAGAAAAGAGGGUACACGGCCUUGCAGACACCCUUUUUUAUGAGAAAAGAUGCCAUGGCAAAGUGUGCCCAGUUAGCACAAUUUGAUGAAGAGCUUUACAAGGAGGAAAAGAAGAUCAAAACUCUUAUUGAAGCUACCCUGACAAAUCUGGAAAAAGCCACACAAUUCAUUAAACACUCGGCAAAUGCUGUAGCAAUCAUGCUUCAUCUCCACUGA